UUUUAGACUUAGUUCUAUUCAUUGCUCUUUGAAAGUGGAUCAGUUUAAGUCCAUGAAAUAUCCCAUUGCAACCAAUUCAGGACUCUAGCAUCAAAGGUCAUAAUGGAAAAUUCUAGGAAUUUAGAAAGAAAUUUAGGAAGCGACUGGCUAGCUAGACAAGUUUCCUUUUUUCCCCCCAAGCUGACAGUAUGUAUUUCUAUGAAAUCCUGAAAAUAAGGGGCUUGGUUGUAGCCCUUUUUAUUUUUAAACUUGAGCUGUUGAGGAAAACCAAUUUUUACUGUAAGUUGCUGAUGAUGAUUUGGGUGCCCCUGCUAUGGAGGACACAAAUAGCAGCAGCAAUAGCAGCAGAGAGAGAGAAUGGGGUCAUUCAUAUUCAUAUCACUUACCAUUCCUCAGGAGGCAGCUGCUUGCUUGCUUACUUGGACCAUGAAGUCACGAUUCCAUUCCUGAACUAAACAGCAGUCUUCUUUACAAACGAAGCAGGACAUCGUUGAUAAACGGGUAAUGAUUAACUGAAGAUGACAGGCCCUUGGACAGUGUGUUGCAAGAAAAAGAAUACACCAAAAGAUGGAUUACAUGAAUUGGACUCAGUGGCAGAGAGCAAGAAGGAAAAAAUGCAGAUGAAACAAGAAAUUACUUUGUUGAAUGGCAUUUCUUUAAUAGUAGGAAACAUGAUUGGCUCAGGAAUAUUUGUAUCGCCUAAAGGUGUUCUGAUGUACAGUGGCUCCUAUGGACUCUCUCUCCUUCUCUGGGCCCUUGGUGGGAUCUUUUCAUUGUUUGGAGCACUGUGCUAUGCUGAGCUUGGGACAUCUAUUAUUAAAUCAGGAGCAAGCUAUGCCUAUAUUCUAGAAGCUUUUGGGGGCUUUAUAGCCUUUAUCAGACUAUGGUCUUCUUUGCUCAUUAUUGAACCAACGACUCAAGCAGUUAUAGCCAUCACUUUUGCUAACUACAUUGUUCAACCAAUCUUUCCAUUCUGUGAACCACCCUAUGGAGCAGUCCGGUUGAUUGCAGCUGCCUGCAUCUGCUCCCUGACAUUUAUUAACUGUGUCAAUGUGAAGUGGGGAACCAGAGUACAAGAUCUUUUCACAUAUGCAAAAGUUAUGGCCCUUAUUAUGAUAAUAGCAGUGGGUCUUUAUAAGAUUAGCCAAGGAGAAACAGAUAAUCUCAAGGAACCAUUUGAAGGUUCGACUGCUAAUGCAGGAUUAAUUGCACUUGCUCUGUAUUCAGCCCUCUUUUCCUACUCUGGAUGGGAUACAUUGAAUUUUGUCACAGAAGAAAUGAAAAACCCAGAAAGGAACCUGCCACUUUCCAUUGCAGUUUCAAUGCCUAUAGUGACAAUCAUUUACCUGCUGACUAAUGUGGCCUACUAUGUCGUGCUAGACAUGCCUGCUCUGUUAGCAAGUGACGCUGUGGCUGUGACUUUUGGUAAUGAAACCCUUAGCUAUGCAAAAUGGAUCAUCCCAAUUGCAGUGGCUAUGUCUUGUUAUGGAGGAUUAAACUCAUCAAUUAUUGCUGCUUCCAGGCUUUUUUACGUUGGCGCCAGAGAAGGACACCUCCACGACAGCCUGAGUUUGAUUCAUGUAAAAUGUUUCACACCCGUUCCUGCUCUUCUUUUUAAUGGUUUAAUGACUUUGGUGUAUCUCCUUGUGGAAGAUGUCUUUCUCCUGAUCAACUACUAUUGUUUCAGCUACUGGUUCUUUGUUGGGUUAUCCAUUGCAGGAUUAAUAUAUUUAAGAUACACCCAGCCCGACAGGGCAAGGCCUAUUAAACUCAGCCUCUUCUUCCCCAUUGUGUAUUGCAUAUGCACCCUUUUCCUAGUCAUUGUUCCUCUCUACAGUGAUACAAUCAAUUCCAUUAUUGGAAUCGGCAUAGCACUCUCUGGAAUUCCUGCUUACUUUUUGGGAGUCUAUUUGCCAGCUGAAAAGAGACCUCGGUUAAUUCAGUGGCUUUCUGCCACAACCACUAAGUAUGUUCAGAUGCUGUUCUAUUGCUGUCUAACAGACAUGGACAGUGAAACAGAGAUGACAGAAACCAAAGCCAAAUAGAAUCAUGUUGGCAGUUUCCACACUUGAAGCAUCCACGUGGCUGUAAAUUCUGUUGUGCUCUUGGACUACACCAGAAUGCACAACUGCACUGUGCAUCAUUUUGAUGUUUCUUAAUCUGCGCUACAUUUUUUGCUUUUGCUUUGUCUGAUUACCAGUUUGUGAAGUCUUUUUACUGAUUCAAUAGCUGGUAAUUACACAGUUUGGGACAUGGGGAUGAAAUGCAUUAUAUAGAAAAAAAGCACUUAAUAAGUGCUAAGGAUUUUUUUAAGUCUAAUUAUAAAGGUGACUCAAAGUUACCAGUUGAAAGCAAUUGUCUGUGAAAUGUAAAAUCAUGCUAACAGGAGAAACUAAAAAUAUCCUUUCUAUCCCACAAGAUAUAUGAACUUAUUUACAGUAUAAAUUUUAAUUUUAGGGUGCUGUAGCUGCAAUUUUAUACUCAGUUACUUAGGAGUAAACCCUGUUGAACUCAAUAGGUCUUGUGUCUGAGGCAACAUGCAUAGCGUUUCACAUGACAUACUUCAUAGAAAUAGGAUGUCAAUUCAUUUUAUUCAUUAAAUAAUAGUAAUCUUUAGUUCUGAAUCUAUAGGGUACAGUAUUGUGGCAAUGUGUAACAAUCAGUGGAAGGAUGCAAAUGGCAUUGUAAGGAAACAUCUAAAAGAAGACUGGUUACAAUUGCUAGUUAGUCAAAUUCAUCACUGGCACACCACUACUGUGCCUUAGUCAUAUGGCCAGCCCUACAACUAAGCAGUGGAAAAGGACAUCAUCUCAUCCUUCACCUCAGGUAACAAAAUGUCUUAGAUUAGCCAUGUUCACCUCUUUUCAGAGUGCAACUGUGGUGCCCAAGGAAGUAUGUUUAGUAGCAAGUUGAACUAUUAGCAGCUCAUUCUGCAAGACAGUAUGAGUCAUUGAAGUAACACCAGAUUUCUAUUAUGGAUAAAAUAUCAUCCUCAGGAUUUAUAAUAUUCUUGACAUUUUAUAUUACAAGAAAGAGAAAGUUUAACAUUUAAUAUGCCAAGUUUAAGAUUCCUCCUUAGCUAUCCUGGGCUAUAAUUCUGUGUUCUCAGAUUAUUGAGACAAUAAGCAAAAACUAUCCAUGCCAAGUCACUCCCAGUCUUUCUUCUGAAUGAGCCACUGUUUGCACAAAGCACACAAAGCAUAAAACAAUCAAUACUCUUUUUGUUCUCAUCGCAGUAUUUUAUAUUAUUACAGUAUAGGAUGACAAUCUGCUAAACAUACAUCAAUUUUGAAUAAAGAUGGGUUUAAAUUAUG